AUGGAAGGGGAGACGAAACAGGGGAGUCAAGAUCGGAGUCAACAACAACAGCCGCAGCCGCCGGCGCAGAAGUGUCCCCGCUGCGAUUCGGUGAACACCAAGUUCUGCUACUACAACAACUACAGCCUCUCCCAGCCUCGUUACUUCUGCAAGGCGUGCAGAAGGUACUGGACGCAGGGCGGGACCCUGCGCAACGUCCCCGUCGGCGGCGGCUGCCGGAAGGGGAAAAGGGCGAAAACCAGCUCCUCCGCGUCGUCGUCGUCAUCGUCGGCGUCACAAUCGCCGACCACUACGUCAUCGGCCGGUCAUCAGUUUCUGGGUUCUUCCAAUUUAUCGCUUCCUUCUCAGUACAUGAUCAGCCCUCCCCUGCCUCCGGCUGCGGGAUUGGGAUCGUACUAUCCGGGAGGAGCAGCCGGGUUUCUGAACCCGAUCCAGUCGCUGAACCCGAAUCUGGCUGGGCCGGCCCAGGCGCUAUUGGGCUCGGCGUCGUCGGGAUCGAAUUUGGGCCUGAUGCAGGGGUUCGGCGGGAGUGCUUUUGCCGCGGGGGCGAACCAGUUUUUCGGGGGCGGGAAUAAUCCACGUCAGGAGGAGAAUUUGAUGAUGGGGUUUCCGAAUUCGGUGAGUCAGCAUCAGAUGCCGAGCUGGCAGCGGCCGGGGGAGGAGGAGUAUGACGUAAGCGCGGGGGGUUCGGUUCCCGAUACGGCGUUGUGGAGCAUAAGUACGAGUACCACCGUGGAGGCGGCGGGUAAGGGAGGCGAGAAGGCGGCUGGCGGCGGGGUUGGAGGGUCCGGCGGGAGUGUGAAUCAGCAGCGGGAUCUUGAUCGGCGGUGGAAUCAUGGUGGUGGUGGCGGGCAGCUUCCGGGAUAUGGGCCUUCAUGA